UCUCUUCAGGGCGGACAUUUGUCUUCAUCUGAGAAGAAAGCUCAGGCCUGGGAAUAAAAACUGGAUUAAUCAAACAAUUCAUCGGCCUAAAUGGACUAUCACGGGUUGAAACUGAGGACGGUUUUGGACCACAAACGGAUUUUAUAUACUUGUUUUUCCUAUUUCGACCUGUAAUGUGUAUUUGCCAUUUCUGAGCGUGGGGAUCUGAAUGAGGAUGACUGCCCUCAUGAGGAAGGUGCAGCAGGUGCUCUGCCUCCUGCUGCUGGGCGCUCUCCAAGCCUGCAGCGCUCAGACGCAAGAAGUGGCUGUUUGCCCCGGCACACAGAAUGGUCUGAGCACAACAGGAGACUCUGACAACCAGUACGAGACGAUGAAGAAGAUGUACAACAACUGUGAUAUCGUGAUGGGUAACCUUGAGGUCACCAUGAUGGAACACACCAGAGACUUCAGUUUCCUGCAGUCUAUUAAGGAAGUGACGGGCUACAUUCUGUUUGCUGUCAACGAGUUCAGCCGCAUCCCUCUGGACAACCUCCGCGUCAUCAGAGGCACCACUCUGUACGAUGGCCACUACGCCCUGGCUGUGAUGAUCAACUACCAAAAAGAGGGUGCACAUGGCCUUCGAGAGCUCGGUCUGACACACCUUACAGAGAUCCUGGAAGGAGGCGUGAAGAUCAUCCAGAAUCGGGACCUGAGUUAUGCCCCGCAGAUCAACUGGAGGGACAUAGUGAAGGAUGACUCCACUCCCAUUCUGAUUGAAGCCAAUGGUCCUCAGCGGAAUUGUAGCCAAGAGUGUGGAUACGUGCCGUGUUGGGGACCAGGAAGUAACGCAUGCCAAACUCUGACAAAGACUGUGUGCGCUCCUCAGUGUAACGGCCGGUGCUUCGGUAAAAACCCAAGCGAAUGUUGCCACGGUGAAUGUGCUGGAGGCUGUAGAGGACCGCUGGACACAGACUGCUUUGCUUGUAAGAACUUCAACAACUCGGGCUCAUGUGUGACCCAGUGUCCACAGGCUAUGAUCUACAACAAGCAUACAUUCAGAAUGGAGCCCAAUCCCAAUGUCAAGUACCAGUAUGGCGCUAUCUGUGUGUCCCAGUGCCCCGAAAACUUUGUGAUGGAUGACAGCUCAUGUGUGAGCAAAUGCCCAAACAAUAAGAAGGAGGUGGAAAAAAACGGAGUAAAACAAUGUGAGCUGUGCGAAGGCAUCUGCUCAAAAGCUUGUACUGGCACAGGAGGUCCGUCCAGAGAAACUGUGGAUGCGAGUAACAUUGACAGUUUCAGAAACUGCACUAAGAUUGACGGCAGUCUUCAGUUCCUGGUGACGGGGAUAAACGGUGACGAUUACAAGAAAAUCCCAGCCCUUGACCCAGAAAAGCUCAAAGUCUUUAACACUGUGAAGGAGAUCACAGAUUUCCUCAACAUCCAAUCGUGGCCAAAAAGCCUGUCUGACCUGUCGGUCUUUUCCAACCUUCACACCAUUCAAGGCAGAAAACUGUACAGGGGAACCAAAUCUAAAAGGGGCUACUCCCUUUUGGUGAUGAGGAACAAUUCUCUCACCUCCCUCGGGCUGCGCUCACUGCAGAGAAUAAACGAUGGCAGUGUCUACAUCUCAGGAAACGAGAAGCUCUGCUACCACGACACGGUGAACUGGACCCGCAUCUUCAACAGCAGCUCGCGUCCGCAGAAACGGAACAAGCAAGUUGAAUUUAGGGACAACCGACCCCGAGACCAGUGUGAAAAAGACAACUUUGUUUGUCACUCUUUGUGCUCAUCUGACGGCUGCUGGGGUCCCGGAGUGAACCAGUGUGUGUCCUGUAAGAAAUACAAGCGAGGAGAGACAUGUGUGGACGACUGUCUGUUCUUGAAGGGAGACAGGAGGGAGUUUGCUAACGAGUCAGGGGUGUGUAUGCCCUGCCACCAAGAGUGUAAAGUCCAAGAUGGGGUGAAGACCUGCUCGGGCCCGAGAGCAGAUCAGUGUACAGCAUGUGCCAGCCUGCAGGAUGGUCCCAACUGUGUCUCUUCAUGUCCUGACGGGGUCAUGGGUAAGGAGGGAUUCAUCUUUAAAUACCCCAACAAGCAAGGCAGCUGUGAGCUGUGCUUUGUCAACUGCAGCCAAGGGUGCACUGGCCCAGGAGAAGGAGGAUGUGUGGAGGCUCCACGACCUACUUCUGGACCAUCACCCACUUUCAUCGCGCUCGGGGUGAUUUUCUUGCUCUUCUGUUCAUUCUCCAUUUUUGUGCUGAGUGUUUUGUACCGCCGAGGCCUCGCCAUCCGUCGCAAACGAGCCAUGAGGAGAUACAUGGAGAGCGGCGAAACUUUUGAACCUUUAGAAGAGAAAGAGAAAGUCCACGCCCGCAUCUUGAAGCCUUCAGAUAUACGUAAGAUCAAGCUGCUGGGUAAUGGAGUAUUUGGAUCGGUCCAUAGGGGCAUUUGGAUUCCAGAGGGAGACACGGUGAAGUUACCUGUUGCCAUAAAGACGAUUCAGGAUCGCACGGGUCGACAGACCUUCUGCCAGGUGACGGAUCACAUGAUGGCCAUGGGAAGCUUAAACCACAUUAACGUUGCCAAAACCCUGGGUAUUUGUCCCGGUGACAGCCUGCAGCUGGUCACCCAGCUCAGCACUCAUGGCUCCCUGCUGGAGCAUGUCAGGAGCAACAAGAACAAGCUCAGCCCCCAGAGGCUGCUCAACUGGUGUGUUCAAAUCGCAAAGGGUAUGAAUUACCUGGAGGAGAACAGGAUUGUUCACAGGAAUCUGGCUGCGAGAAACGUGCUCCUGAACAAUAACUUCACCGCGCAGAUUUCAGAUUAUGGCAUUGCAGACCUGCUCUACCCUGAUGAUAAGAAAUAUUUUUACAAUGAAGUCAAGACACCAAUCAAGUGGAUGGCCUUGGAGAGCAUCUUGUUUCGCAGAUACACACAUCAGAGUGAUGUCUGGAGCUAUGGUGUAACGAUUUGGGAGAUGAUGUCUUAUGGGAUGGAGCCGUAUGCAUCAAUGCGUCCUCAGGAGGUUCCCGACCUGCUGGAAAAAGGCGAGCGUCUGUCCCAGCCUCAGAUAUGCACCAUUGACGUCUACAUGGUCAUGGUUAAAUGUUGGAUGAUUGAUGAGAAUGUCCGCCCGACCUUUAAGGAACUGGCCGGUGAAUUUACCAGAAUGGCCAGAGAUCCACCUCGCUACCUGGUGAUCAAAGAGGACUGCAGCCAACAGGAAAUGUCUCCAGAAGAAGUUACCCAGAGGAGUGCAGACCUAGAGGACCUGGAUGAUAAUCCUGAGCUGGACAACCUGGUGGCAGAAGGAGCGCUGGAUGAUGUGACCACAGCGCCUCAUUACCUGUCCAGGAGUCUGAGUCGUCUCUCCAGAAUGGACACACAGAGAACGGUCCUAAAUCCAUCAAAUGGAACUGGAUAUCUGCCCAUGACCCCCAGUGUUGACCUUACAGGACAGGCCAUGUGGCUGUCACGGUCUCGACUAAACUCUGCUCGCACUGUCUCUGAGAGCUCAGAGGGGUGCGGCACAGCACUUGAUAUGGACAUGAAUGAGGACAGCUCUGUGGCAGGGAGCCUGAAAAGAAGACGCCACCGUGAGGACAGUGCCUAUGUGUCUCAGAGGGACAGCCUGUCCGGAGGCCCAUCGGAGACUCCUUCUCCAGAGAUGGAGAAAGAAGAUCAAAAUGAAUAUGUGCUUCCUGGAGGCAGUCCAGAAAGAGAUCCUUUAUUGUACUCGUCCCGAGCCAAGAUGGUAAAGUCUCAUUCAUCGGGCCUGUUGGACGAGCCAGAUGAAGAAUAUGAGUACAUGAACAAGCAAACACACGUUUCACUGAGACAAAACAGCCCCUGGCAGAAGUCGAACAAGAAACGAAGCAUGUCAGUGUCGUCGCAAGCGACAGCGUGCUCCUGUGAUACCACACUCUCCAUGGAGGGCAGAGGAGGCCUGACGAUGAGCAAUGGCCGGUUUGACUCAGAGCAACAAGUUGAAUAUGAAUACAUGGACAUCAGAGGAAGGGAAAAGGACGAAAGCCCGCCUGAGCAUGACCCUCCACCACCUCCGAUUUUACCAAGGAUAAGAAGAGAGGUGGAGGAUGAAGAAGAGGAUGAAUACGUGGAGGACGACAACUAUCAUUACACUAACAGUCAGCCGAAGCUGCGACAAGCUCUGAAAGAAAACAAGGAGCUGAGGAUUGAGGGCAGGGACAGCAGCAAGGAGUACGAGUAUGAGGACAUGGACAGCUUGGCUGCCUCGCCCCCUGCUGAUGCAGGGGUGUACCAGAACAUGCAGGGGGAGGGAGCAGAGGGGGGCACAGCAGUGCACUCAUCGGGGUUUGAGAUGCAUGUGAAAGUGCGAGCCGGGGUCGACGUCGGGGAACCUGUUGCAGGUGACAGAUCCUUUGACAACCCAGGCUACUGGCACAGCAGGAUGUUCCUGAAGCCCAACGCUGUACCGACAUGAAGAAGGUUCAGAUCUCGCUCCUGGGACACACUCAUGAAGGACCUGGAAAAAGACGCAGUAAAGCCGCAGAAUGUAGCAUAUCACACACACACGCACGCACACACA